ACACACACACAGAGGAGCAGUGUGCAGCAAUUUAUUUCUUGUCUUCUUGUCUUGCAGCCACAUUAUGGAGCAUCUGGAGGGUGUGAUUCACAAACCAGAGAAAGACAUGUCACCUCAGGAACUUCAGCUUCACUAUUUUAAGAUGCACGAUUAUGAUGGCAACAACCUGUUAGACGGGCUGGAGUUGGCAACAGCAAUCACACAUGUCCACAAAGAGGUAGGAGCUCAGCACUUGUCUGUUGGCUUUUCAUCUUAAAGGUGUGACCAAAUACAGUAUGAAUGUGA